UGAAUUAAUUUCAUUUUUGUUUACUGGAGAAAUAUUUCAGCACCAUAAAUUCAAAAUGGAUAAUUAAACAUUUUAGACAGAGCUGUAAAAGCAGCAAAGAGUCCUGUGGCACCUUAUAGACUAACAGACGUUUUGGAGCAUGAGCUUUCGUGGGUGAAUACCCACUUCGUCGGAUGCAACAGAGACAGAGCUAGACAUCAUUCCUCAAUUCAGAGAACCUAGGUGCACUGCUGCACGUGCACCAAGCCUCAUUGAAAUCAGCGGACCUCCACAUGGGUGCAGAGAAUAGCAAGAUUGGAACCACAGCUGGGUUGGUAGCUAAAAGAAAAAGAAACAACCUAAGAACCGUUUUGACAGAGUUUAAGCUGUUCAGCAAGGGGCGCUCUAAUGGAUGACGGAGAAUUUCCUACAAAUGAUCAACUGAUAGACUUAAAGGACGGACUUCAUGCUGGUGACAGUGUGGGAAAUGUGGGAACUCGUUUGGCUUCUUCAUCUGAUGAAAAUGAAAAUCAACUUGAUGGUGACAGGAGUGAGGUCCUGACCAGCAGUGACAGUGCAAUGGGAAUGCAUGAAAAGGUUGAGCAGGACAAUAUCAAUAAUAAUGAAAAUGUGGACAGUGGAGACUGUACACCAAGCUGCAAAGAAGUUGAGACUGAGAAGAACUCUGAAAGUUUCCAUAUGGACAUUCAUAGAGAGGAAAAGCCUGUUCUAGAAAAAUGGACAGAUGGAAAAAUAAGUCCAACUUGCAAAAAAGACUCCGUUAGAAAAUCUACAGGAGUUCCUUCAGUGGACACAACAGCACUCAGGAAAGAGAAUGCUCUCCUUAAAGCUACGGACUCAGUUCAUGAUGAAGAUGCUGAUGAGACAAAUGUGAACUAUCAGCAAAAGCAACAAAAACAGACUUUGCAGUCCCUUUUUUCCAUGCUUCGAGAAGAAUUUGAGCAGAUGGACUCGAGGAUACUCCCUCUGUGUCUCCAUCAGAUAGCUGAGGCCUAUUUUCAGGAGGAGGAAUAUGAGAAGGCAAUGAAGUUCAUUCAGCUCGAACGACUAUAUCAUGAGCAGCUACUUGCAAAUCUUUCUUCCAUUCAGGAGCAGUGGGAAACAAAGUGGAAAACAGCAGUGCCCAAUACAGUUACGACUCUGAGGAAUUCAGCUAAAGGACUUAACAAUGAAGAGUUAGAAAAUCUUGCUAAACUUUGUACAUCACAUCAAGAGCCACUUGUAUCCAAACACAAGCUAGUAACUACUGAAAAGUCCUUGGGAGGUAAUCGUUUUGUACAAUUAAUGGGAUCAGAAGAUUUAAAAGAAAGAGGGGCUGCUGCUUGUGAUUCAGAUACUGAAACUCGGCCUGGCACUGAACCAAGAAAAGAAAAUCAGCACAGAGAGAGACAGAUGAGUCAGAGCUCUCUGUGUGAUAGUAAAACUGAUAGGCUUACAGAAGCAGCAAGUUUUCAAGUAACUGCAGGGAAGGACCACAUGGAGGAGCAGCACUGCAGUGCUGAAUCAACACUGGAGCCACACACCCAGUCUAUAGGGACAGUGUGCAGGCCUUGUUCUGACUGUUUAUCAUCUGGGGAUGCUGGUAAAGAUAACAGUUUGCAGCCGAGAGAGAGGCAGUUCUCUAAGGAUGUGGCAAAAAUAGAAGACGUGGCUAAGCAGCCUGGAGUGGAACUCUCUGGUGAGCCAAUGGUAGACACCUUAGGUUUAACGGACGCUGAUUAUAUCCCUUCUGAUUUGAUUUCUAAAGAUGAAAAUGUACAAGCUGAAAGAAAUGUUCUCAGAUCAAAACACCGUGCAGGCUCUACUGAGACUGCCAGAAGCCAGCUAGGAAAUAGUGCAUUAAACCAGCAGCAGCAGAAGCCUGGUUUAGAUGAGGAUGGAAAAUCCCCACAGGACAGAACUGCAUCAAACAUUUGUGAAAACGUGUGUUAUGGAAGUAACAACGCACCUGAACAUAUCAGUCCUGCACAUCCAAAAGUAUUCAAGGGACUGCAGGAGAUGGCAAGGCAGCAGGAGGAGGAGGUAAAUAAUGACGAACCGGAAGAUUUUUUUGGCAGAUUCUUAAAUGGUAUCAUAAAAGACACUGAAGAAUCCCUUGCAAAUUUAGAAAACCAAGAGGACUCUGAAACUCUCCCAGAUAUUCCACUGGAACAAGCAUCAUACAUUUCAACAGAAGCUUUAUUAUUAGAUGACAGCUUUUCUUCGCUCGAUGAACUUGCAAAAAGGAUAGAGAUUGCAGAGGUUGUCCCGGCAGAGGGACUGGUGUCCAUCCUAAAGAAGAGAGAUGACAGUGAAGGAAAGACACUUGCUCAAAUCCAGCAGAGAAAUCCAAAGAGAAGAGUGAGAUUCCAAGAAAUGGAAGACACCUUGGAUCAAGAUGAAGUUGGUGGCGGCUCCUGUGUUUUGCUGAUCCUGUUGUGCAUAGCAACUGUUUUCCUUAGUGUUGGAGGAACUGCACUGUACUGCACCUUUGGUGACAUGGAAUCCCCUGUAUGUACUGACUUUGCAGCCAACAUGGACUUUUACUAUACCCAGAUAUUGCAGGGUGUGGAGGAACUUAAACACUGGGUAGCCUUCACAUAGUUGAAAUGAGCAGGGACAACACACUGACAGCUUACCAAUGAUUAACAGAGAGGUUAAAAAAAAAUGGUGAUUUCAAGUUUUCUGUAAUAUGUGCCACCUUCAGGUGAGGUACAGCUGAUGACAUAAACCUAACCUUUAAAUACCGGUUGAGAAGAACUGUCUAAUCUAGUAAUCAGGUGGGUAGAAAUCAAGUGUGGAGCAGGAGAAUAAUAAGCCAAAUGUCAUUGCCUUCACCUUCUGAAACCAAGCGAACAGCCAUUCAACGUCUUGGGAAGUGAAGAAGAUAGAAAACUGAUUAGCCUCUACACAGUCUCCCAUUGCCACACAUUCUAAGCAAUCUUUGCAAUCUUAAUGAAAAGACAAUUUUGAUUUACAGCUGUUUGCACGAAAGUGUUGCCUCCAGCUAUCAUGCAAUAAGUCUGUGUUUUAUGAAAAUGUUUCCUUAUUUUUCUUUUAAGUCUUAAUGUAUUUUUUUCAUUUUAAAUGUCCUGGUGAGCUGUUUAAUUAUGGGUGGAGUGAGUAGAAUGCAUUGGCAUUUGCAGUGCCCUCAUACUAUGUUAGCUAAAUGGAUUGGCCAUGUCUUUUAAGUGUGUGGCAGUUGUCAUGAGUGGGUUAAAUCUGAAGGCAGCUUUGCCAGAUUCUCUGGAAUUUUAUUCCCAAAAUUGGGUGGACAGUGUUGGAAAUUUGUGGGAUUUUUUAAAAAGAAAAAGCACACAAUACUAAAUGUAGGAAAUUAUUCUUACUAAUAAUAGUAAAGCCGUUUGGGCCAAUGAAAGGGGCAUGGGACUAGGAGUCAGGAUACAUGGGUUCUCUUUCCAGCUUUACUACUCACUGGCAGUGACUUCUCUGCCUCAGUUUCCCCCUCUGUAAAAUGGAGAUAAUGAUCUUUGUCGUCCUCUGUAAAAUGCUUUAAGAUCUACAGAUCGAGAAUGGUAUAGAACUGUCUGGUGUUAUUUAUAAGUGCAAAAUGUCCAGAGGUUUUGUUCAACCUGGCAUAUAGCCAAGACCAGCUGCAAAGUUCAGAGCCAAACUUCUCCAGAUUUCCACUUCUGAGCUUUACUGAGUCAUUUUGAAUAAAAUUGACUCUAUUACACCAAGUCUUGUUCUCAGGGGAAAAUCCUCUCUAUCUCUGUGACAUUUUCUUUCACCCUGAGAUCUUUCAACUCCCUCAUAUAUUCCUAUCACUCUUUUUUCAUGGAGAUCUACUCCCUCUAGAUUUUUCUCUUCUUUUCCUGUCCAGAUCCAUGUUGAGGGGAAAAAACAAAUAACCAAAAAAUAUUUUGAGAAUAUAUAGAUAUUUUCAUUUUUAAAACUUGCAGUAUUAUUUAUAUGAGAGAUCCCUUUUUAUUAAUUCAUCACCCAAACCACAGUAUAUUAACAUGUGAGCUGAAAGUUUCCACUAAAACUAUCACCAGUGAAAUAGUUUAAAAUUGUGAUAUUUUAGUCCAUUGGGGUUCAUUUUGAACACAUGAUAGAGAUGAACAGAGCAGUUCAUACCUCUCCAUAUUAAUCUCCUUCUGUCUGCAGACUUGGAAAGGCAGAAUUGUGAUCAUUUACAUUAAAAAAAGUAACGCUGCAAUGAGGGCUCGCAACAUAAUCUAAAAAAAAAAAAUCUUAAAUUUCCAUGUUUUAGAUGUUUCCAAUGUGGAAGAGCCCCCAGUGUUGCACUGUAUCACAUGUAUCAGUCAGGAGAAAAUAUCUGAACUCAGGGCCAAAUCCUUAGCUGCUUUUUACACACCUUCAGAAGGGCCAAAAGAGGAUACUGUUCAGAGACACAAGAGUCUUGGAGAACCCAUUCAGUAGGGUUCCACAGGUAACAUUGUCAAAAAAUAACUAAAUCCCAUUUUCAAAUGUGAUUUAGGCACUUGGGAUUUGAUCCUGUGCUCAUCAAAGUCAAUGGCAAAUUUCCCGUUGACUUCAAUGGAAAGGAGCAGGCUUUUGGAGCCUAGGUCUCACUAAAAGUCAAUGGGACAUAGGCUCCAAGUGCCUAAGUUGCUUUUGAAAACCGGACUUGGGCAUCUCAGACACUUGAUGCAUUAGAAAAUUUUACUCUAAAUGACAUUAUGCAAUACAGGGGUCACCACAACAGAAGUGGCUGAAAUCCUGGCUCCACUUAAGUCAAUGGCAGGAUUUCACCCUUGGUACUAACUCCCCAUGGGAUGGGGAUAUAUACGAGGCAUCGUCUGAGGACCUGUGUUAUAACAUGGCAUAAGUGGAGAGCAGCCAUCUGUAGCUGCUCAUGCUAUCUUUAUUUGACAGUAACUGGAAGUGACCCAGCUGUGCAGGUGCCCCAGGUCACAUGGGUUGCAGUCACAGAUGAGGAUUCCCUCAUAGUUCCUUCAGACAAAGCAGUGUUUACUCUGGCUUUGCUCCCGGGACUGAGGUGUGAGUCACUAGAUAUACCUUGUUGUUUUUCAAUCUGUGCAGAAACAAAUUUACUUUUAAAUUCUAAUAAUGCAUUAUUUUAAAUGAACUGCCGUUUUUAGCUGGUGCACGGUGCUUCGUCUAUAUAGGGGAGAGAGACACUGACAAGAUAGCAAAAGGCAAAGUUGGACCGUAGGCCCUUUGCCCUAGCCGUGGCCAGAAUAUGGCAGCUGCUUCUGCUAAUGGCAUAAUGGACUAGCCAGUGGAGGAGUCCUGAGGUGAGUGUUAGUAUGAAAUGAUUCUCAGGAUACAGUAUGCUUGGGGGAUCCAAUUCACUCCACCCAAUAUUUUAGAUGCUUACUAUGGUUGUAUGUUGGAGUAUGUCCAGGUUUAGGCAUUUACUGUAUAAAGUAACAUGAAGUGAAAUCAUCAAGAUAUCACUCAGAAUUAGAACGUGAUCAUGCUUGCUUGCAUUUGCAGGUGGAUUGUCCCUCUAGUAAGUUUGACUAUUCCUAAUGUACUCUCAUGCUUAAGUGUUUUGUUUUUAAGUGAAAGCUGAAAUCACUAUUUUCCAGAAAAAAUUGCAUGUGUGGUUUUUGUUUUUAAGUACCCCAUCUAUGAGGCUCGGUUGACUUACACCUUAGGAAGCCUCAUUUGUAGCUUUAUAUUAUAACUAGCCAUUUAAAAUGUCUAGAUUAAUGCAAAACUUUUGCUUUCUAAAUGAAAUAUGAGAACAAUAAUUUCUUUUUUUUCCCCAAGAAGGGCCUUCUGUUUUACAGUAUUGUAAUGCUGGGUUAAUCUAAAAAGAGAAAGGAACAGUCACUUUUAUAUCCUAAAGUGUUACUGGCUGGAUCAGUACAUCACUUUAUGUCUGGGUUUAUUUAUUUAAUUCCAAUUGAUUUUAAAGAAAUUCUCUUAUUUUCCUGGGUUUUUUGUUUGUUUUUGUUUUGUUUUUUGUAAACUGCUGAUGGAGUGUUGAUAAGCAUGCAUUCAGUUGUUACAGUGCUGCAUUUAUAAUUACUGUGCUGUUAGCGUGUUUUUGAGUUUGUGUAUCUUUGCAUUCACUGUUUAAGCAUAUUAAGUUUGUUUAAAGCACCAACUGUUCAUUUCAACUCUUAAAAAACCCAAUAACCUGGUUUAAAUAUCUGUGCACCCAGCCACCAAAAACUUCAAGAGUUAGAGCUAAAAAUAUUUAUUUAAAAGUAUAUCAGAUACAGAGAUCAAAGAUCCUUAUACUUUAGGUUCAUAUUAUUACAAAACUAUUUUAAAGCUGUACUAUUGUAAAUUUUAAAGAGCUAAAAGACAAGGUAAUUUUAAAAAGCAGCUCACUUUGCACUUGCUGGCCCAGACCCUGCACUGUGCCUGGAUGCUUUGUGCUGCAUUGCCAGUGCAAAGCCACUCCAGAGUUGGUAUAACUGGCCACAGGAGGAUCCCCAAGGAUAGGGUGAUCCUUCAGUGGCAUAGAGACAGUGUAACUGCCCCUACACUGCCCCUCUCUCUGCCCUGUUGCUUGUGCAAAGGGUGUGGCUGGAAACUAUGACCAGACAGACCAGACAGUUUUCCAGCUGCUCCAAUUUAUGCCAAGGUACCAGACCAGCACAGAAGCAGCCUGGGAUUGGAAGGAGCGCAAAGGUCACCUUUGCGCACACUGCCCUCAGCUGUAGCCCAGCAUCUGAGCCUGGACUGAACCUUAUGCAGAUUCCUUUGUAAAAUGCAGAUGGUACUAAUUCUUGUUUUACAUGACAAUUCUAUUAGCAGAAAUAGCUCACAUGGUCUAUGGUGCAUUAUCAAAUGCUCGGUUAAGAACAUAGCAAAAGUACCUAUACUUGGAGGUCAAAACAGUUUGUGGGUAAGGCCAGCUGGGUGGCCUUCCUGCACAUUCUAUUCUAUUUAGAUUGUUACACACCAUCCAUCUCCAUCAGAGUGGUUAGAGCCCUGCAGUCUGGUAAAUCCAAAAGGGAAACGUCAAUUCAGGAAAUUACUCUUCUGUCUGAAGAUUUUGUAGCUAGUAACAAGCAACGACUGAGAUUACUGUAACAGAAAGAAAUGGGGCGGGGGGGAAGUGUUUGUUUACUUUGUGCGUAUGAUAGCCAAUUUCAGUUAGUCCUCCUCCCUGUUGUUUGUAGGCAUGUUCUACAUAGCAACAGGGGAGAGACAAAAUAGGACUAUGCAAUGGUAAAUCCAUAACAACUGGCAGGGGGAUUCAGGGGCUGGUGUAGUAUUCAAAACUACUUGAAACUCUUUUCUUAAAAUAUGACUAGAUUUCAACUUGACAGUGUCCCUAUAAGGAAAAAUUGUGUGAUCAUUCCUCCGAAGGCAUAUUGCCAGCAGCCUCCUCAUUCCACCUUUCUCAGUAAGUGUGUCUGAAGUCUUGCAAAUACCUUCGUUCUGUUGCUUUGGUGCCUGGAAGAAGGAUGUGUAAUCUUGACAACCAACACUGGGAAAGAGAAGGCCUCUACAAAAUAGAGGAAAAUUGUUAGUGAAGCUCUGUGAGUGAAGGACAAGCUUGAACAAGCUCAACAAGUCAAAUGAGGUUGAAAUUUGGAUUUCUUGCAAGACCAGGGAACAUUCCACUCAAUGACUAAAAGGGCUGCUACCCUCAUGAAAACAUUGUUGCCUAAUUCUGUUAACCAAGGCUAUUUGAAGGCACUAGCUACAAUCUAUAACAAAUCUAACAGGAGCCUCCUUUGGCAAAGGAAGGCAAUAACUGUAUUUGAGACCAUCAGCCAAGCUUGUAAAUUAAAUACUGUAGCAAAAAAAUAAAAAAAAAUAAAAAGUGUCCCAGAGAAAACGUCUAAACCUUUUGGGUGCUGUGAUUUGUAAAGAUAUAGAGAGAGGGAUUGGCUAUGGAAUGAAAGGAAAUAGGAAAUAUUUCCACUGAGAGUUUCAGCAACUAUCCUAAACCAGGCCUGUGGAUCAAGAGUUGUUUGUUGUUUUUUGAGGGUUUUUUAUUAAUCCAAGAACACUUGUUUUGUAGGUUUCAGAGUGGUAGCCGUGUUAGUCUGUAUCAACAAAAACAACCAGGAGUCCUUGUGGCACCUUAGAGACUAACACAUUUAUUUGGGCAUAAGCUUUCGUGGGCUAAAACCCACUUCAUCAGAUGCAUGGAGUGGAAAAUAAAGUAGCAGGUAUAUAUACUUGUUUUGUAAAUAGCUUUACUGCAUUUGUGUCACUCACCUUGAGUUUUUCCUCUUUUCUGGCAAUUUACUAAAUCCCUUGACUCUGUUUGCUAAAUGAAAAGCCAUGCUUCUAGACUAAACUAGGUUGGUUUUUAGCACCGUAAUUUAAUUUUAAUCCAUCAUUCUAAAAUCAAAUUGGCAGAUUGUAAUUUUGCAAUGUUCUAAUGACAUACCAGGGCCCCAUCCUGCUCUUGUUGAACUGAAAGUACAGUAAAACGAAAACAAAAAUCUCUAAUGACUUCAAUAGGAGCAGAUUGCAGUAUUGCCAACCCCAGGUGCUCAAAAAAUCAUGAGUCAGACUUGAAAAGUUUGUGAGUUUGGCUCAAAAAUAAUGAGAUUUUAAAAACUUAAAAUGAACCCCCACCUUUUAAUCUGCCUCUAGUUGUUGAGCCUUUAGGGUUCAUGUUUUAAAGUUUUUCUUCCAACUUUGAAGGCUGAAAACUAACUAAGUGGAGAUUCUUAUGUAAUCACGUGAAUCCUGGAUCUGGGGCUUUAAGAAAACACCAAAUAUCACCAGAUUGACAGUUAAGUCACGAGAGUUGGCAACAGUCCUACAUAUGCUUUGUUCAUUUGUAAGCAUUUUUUGCUAUUUUAAACAAUUUUCAAACAGACAAUGAUUAGAUGGUUCCAGGAUAGGGAAUAAUAACCUUUCUCCAUUGGAUCAGUGGUCUGAAUCUGACCGAAGAGCAUUGAUAAUUGUGGAGAACUGGCAGGCUUGUGGAACUGGGUAAGUGAUCUUUUGUCCAAAGGUGAAUACUAAAUCUACAUCUUAGGCCCAGUCUGUGCAUACACAAGUUGCACUUAUUUAACUGGGGGGGGAGGGUUGUUACAUUUAGUUCCUUGCUCAUUGCACACACCAGGGUCUCUUUGCAUCCCUCCAUUCCUCCCUACAAGCUACCUCUAUACCAUUUUCCCAUCCCCAUGGGCAGUGGGUAUAAGAGGCCAGGGGAGGCUAAGCUUCCCUAAACAAGGAGGGAGCAAAGAUGUGUGGGUGGAGGGAAGCUUUGGGGGAGGGGUGAAGAGGCACGAGUGGCAGGCAGGGUGGUUUACAUGCCACAAUCCUUUUUAAAAAAAAAAAUUGUUUGAAUUACCACAUACCAAUUUCUCCUUUUUGUGCACAUUUAUUUUACGCUUUAAUAGGCUUAAUGUAAGUAUUUUUGGACACUAUAUAUCAAAAUAAAUGCCAAAGGAACCCUAACAUGUUCAAUUUUAACAUCCUUUUUUAACAUCUCAAGUUUUUAGACAUUGCAUCGAAAAGAAAUACAAUGAAGAAGCCAUUAUUAUAAUUUGUCUUUCGUUUUACUAAAUUUGAAGAUCCUGUUCAUCCUUACCUGGACUAUUGUUGAAUAUGAGCCAGUGUUCACUUUGCUUUCCUUCUUGAAACACUUAAAGAAAAAAAAAUGUUUUUCGUUUAGUUGCCAUGGAGAAAAUAAAAAACGUGCCAGAGAUCAGAAGGGUGUGAUUGCUACAGAACAUAGUUGCUUUAUGUCAAGGGAGAUAUUGGUCAGUUUCAACGGAAGGUCUGGUUCUGCAUUGAGGUUCGUCUUGGAUUUGGUUUUUAAUGGUGAUCAGGGCAGAAAAACCAGCUUCACAAAGGUACAUACUGCUGAGGGCAUCCAGAAUGUCAAGAGCUCUGUCUGAUAUAACACCUCCUCUCUCCUUUUCAACUAAAAGUCACUGAAUUCAAGCUUGAGCCACCAUCAGAUGACAGUUCAGUCAACUUUGCCAAGAAGCAAUCUGGCAGGGUGUCUUCUAUUGAAAAGGGGUCCCUGAUCCAAUUCUCAUUUGUUACACUGUCUGGAAAGUACUCAUUAAACUUGGUGAUCAAAUUCAGGCACUGUUCUUUCAUGUCAGCAAUGAGGUCAGAAUGAAUUUUCAAUAUGGAAAAUUUUCCAAGUUUGGGAAUGAUUGGCAAUUUCUCAUUUCCUUUUCUUGUGCUAUAAACUGCAGUGUCUUUAUCGUUGCCCUUGUGUUAAAAGACGUCAUUUUCAGCCCUGGUACCUGGCAUUCAUUUCAUGGAGAUGUGUGAACAAGUCAGCUAGAUAAGCUAGUCUUGACAGGCUUAAUUCAUCCACAAAGCAAUCAGCACACUCAAAAUUAAUUAAGGAAAAAAUGUACUUCAGAAUGGAGUUCAGAGACCAGACAUCUUACCAUGCGAUAGCAGUUUUGUAUGGAGAAGGUGUUGGUGUUCACUUCUUGUUUCAAUGCACAAAACAAGUGUGAGUUCAGUGCUUGUGCUUUAAUAAAAUUAAACAUCUUUACAGCCUGAUGGAGAACGACUUUCAGAUCAACAGGCAUUCAUAGAUGCUGUAACUAGGGUUGCUGGGGGUGCUCCUGCACCCCCUGGCUUGAAGUGAUUUCCAUUAUAUACAGUGUUUACAGUUUGGUUCAGUGGCUCUCAGCACCCCCACUAUAAACAUUGUUCCUGCACUCCUGCAGGCAUUUAUGCACUGAGUGAACUUAGUAUAAAGAGCCACUAUUUUAAUUUUUGCCAAAACACCACCGAAUUUCCU